AUGCUCAUAUUUGCUAUUUUUAUAACAGUAAUUAUCUACCUUAUAUGCAAAUACCCCGACAGAGCUAUUGGAACUCCGAAAUUCAGGAAACUGCCUGGCCCCAGAGGACUUCCAAUACUCGGAAACUUGAUAUCUCAACUCCUUCAUGUAACACGAGACAAGACGUCUUUGCAACAUACAACCAGCUUGUAUAAUAAAUAUGGUCCCAUAUGGACGAUAUCCCUACCUGGAAUUGGGCGAGUUGUGGGAAUCGAUGAACCGGCAACGCUUGAAUACAUACUUAAAAAAAACUUUGACAACUACGUGAAGGGGGACUACCUGUCGAGCCGCAUGCAAGAUGUACUUGGGCAUGGCAUCUUUGCAACAGACGGUGACGUCUGGAAAGUACAAAGAAAGAAAGCAUCCAAUAUCUUCAAAGUGCGAAACUUUCGCGAAAUAAUCUGUAAAGCAUUCGCCGAAGACGGCAACUUGUUGCUAAAGAUACUUAACUCAGCGGCGAACAGCGAGGAAGAGCUUGAUCUGCAAGGACUAUUCUUCCGAUACACUAUGGAUACUUUUGGAAAAAUCUGCUUUUCAAGAGACUUUCAAUGUCUUUCAAAGCCAAACGAGCCGAAUGCGUUUGCGUCGGCGUUCGAUUUCGCUCAAUCCGUCAUUGAACAUCGAUUUAUGUCUCCAUUUUGGAAAUUAACAGAGGCGUUUACUAAACAGGGCAGAAAAUUCCGUGAAGCAGUAAAGUUUUUGGAUGACUACGCGUAUGAUGUGAUUAGGGAGAGAAGAACAGCCGAUCCUCACGGACAUACGGUUAAUGACUUGUUGGGGUUGUUUAUACGGGAGGACAUGAGUGAUGAAGAAUUGAGAGACAUAUUUUUGAACUUCAUGAUAGCUGGCAGAGAUACAACGGCUCAAGCCCUGAGCUGGAUGUUUUACCGAAUCUGCACAAGACCUGACGUAGAGGAAAGACUAUUGAACGAGAUUAAUACAGUACUCGAUGGUAAAGCAGCGCCAGACUAUGAAGAUAUCCACCUUAUGAAAUAUACCGAAGCAGUUUUCUUGGAAACUUUGCGUCUCCAUCCAUCAGUUCCAAGAGCCGCUAAAGUGGCAGUUAACGAUGAUGUACUGCCAGAUGGGACAUUUAUUCCGGCAGGUACAGUUGUAUCCUAUCAUCAUUAUAGUAUGGGUAAAUCAAAAAUACUGUGGGGCGACACGGCCGAAGAGUUCAGACCCGAGAGAUUUUUAGAUGCUAAUGGAGAUGUACGGAAGAUCAGCCCUUUUACAUUUCCUGUUUUUAACGCUGGCCCGAGGACAUGUCUCGGACAACAGUUUGCUAGCAUUGAAGUUCUUACAGUAGUUUCAAUGGUUCUGAAACACUUCAAAAUAGAAUUGAAAUCUAAAGAGGAACCACUACCGGGUCGAUCUCUGACACUGCCAAUGGCUCAGCCAUUGCUUUGUAGAGUUUUAAUGAAAAACCAAUUAUUGAUAACAUCUUCAUUCGUACAUUCUCGUAAAUAUUCCAUUAUACUUGAUAAAGAAGGACCAUAUCACAAACUUUUAAAAAGAAAACACACCCCAUCAGAAAAAGAAUUUGACAAAUUAAGCGUAUUUGAACAAGACAUAUGGGCUAGUCCUUAUGUGGCUGCUAUUGCGACACCCUUACGUCGCUGUAUAUACCAUGACCGAUUGAUGCCGAGACAUUUCCUCAUUCGUUUCAUUAGACUAUAUGAUGACAAGACAAAUAGGCUAUGGCUUCUUCCAGAUAUCACAGGGAAGACGUACAGAGAUAAAAGGCAUGGACUUGCGUUUUAUAUCCGAUCACGAGCCGAUGUCGUCAGUGCUUUGACGCAAGAAGGAAAAUACAAACAGAUCCAGUCAGAUGCAUAUUGGAGACCAGAUAUGAUACAUCAUGUAUGGCGAAUAUUGCUCAGAGACCUCAAGAAAGAAUGGGACAAUAUCAAAACCACUGUUGAUAAUGCAGGCGCCAAAUUGUGCAGGACAGACCUAUUUAUACCAAUGUUGAGAGACAACCGCAACCAACAACAAUACGACGUAUAUUCCAACAGCAGACAUAUACCUGGGUUACAAUGUAUUCUGGUGCUUGAUGGCCAAGAAGAGAGUAAUACGAUAAAUGAUGGACGAAAACAAUUACCAAUGAUUCCUUCAUCACCCAUUGGCACUCCAGUGUCAGUCGGCUUUGUUUCUAGUCGAACAAAUCAGUACUCAGUACAGUCAAAUAUCAUGGCUUAUGACAUACGAAAAGUUUGGGGAAAAGAAGGUCUGAACAAUAUCAAGAACAUGCUUGACGAAAAGUAUAGAGAUGAAUGUCGAGCUGUGGGUGUGGUGAGACACGUAGCCACGAAAUGGUUUGCAUUGGCCUUGUGGAAAUUAUUAGAUUAUACCGAGUGA